AUGACCACUUCUCUGGGUCCGAGUAUGCCUGGGAAAGUGGAGAGUACUAAAAAGGAAGUAGACUCCUGCUGGCACGUCGCCGCACUGGGAUUCCUAGAAGCCUUCCUUGUCUCGGUGAUAAUAUCCAACUCCGGUUUCUUCUACGUGGGUCUCAUGGAGGAAUUUGACGUCAACCGGGAAUCUGCUACAUGGCCCAGAAGCGUCACAUCGUCGUUGUUUCUUUUGUCUGGUUGUUUGAUGGCACCGCUACAACGGAAGAUGUCCCUGUUCGCAAUUUUUUUCCUGGGAGGACUCUUUGCGUGGACGGGAGUUGUGGCAUCUGCAUUCGUGCCGAACAUGACAUGGAUGACAAUAACCCUCGGCGCUAUUUAUGGUGUCGGUCUUGGAAUUACGACAAUGACGUAUAGUAUACUCCUUGCACUGUAUUUUGACAAGUACAGAGGCUUAACAUCGGGAAUGAAGUACGCUGGAGCAUCAUGCGCAGGUCUGGUUUUUCCCAAGCUUCUCGCUUACUUACAAGACAAAUACAGCUUCCGUGGCACUCUUCUCAUCUGCGGAGGCAUCGUUAUGCAUGUCUCGGCAAUCGGUAUUUUCGCCACGGAGCCACCCUGGACGUGCUUGUAG